AUGUGCUUAGCUGUUUAUGAACAUAACCCACCUCGUGCAAUCUUUGAAUUUUACAAUUCUUAUACUCCUAACCAGCAACCGCCGGAGUCAACUCGUCUAAUGAUGCUAUCAAGUCCACAGAAUCAAUUGGAUGUAGGAACCAUUGACUGUGCAGCCUUUGUCUCAAUUGAUUCACAACGGUUCAGAUAUGUUUUAAACCUGUUUAGAAACGUUGAGAAAGUUGAUGUUGCUAUCAUGCCUUCAAAAGUGAUAUUCAGAAGUCCAGGAAGAACUAUGUUUCUUUACACAGAGGAUAAACAAUGCAUAAUUGGUGGCAUUGGAGCUGGGAAAGAGCUUGGAUUCCCAAUCAGCCUCAAUCCCACGACAUUUUUUAAUGAUUUGAUAACGAUUGUGGAUAGGGUUUGGUUGUAUCUCACAACUAAACUUGUUAGUGUAAUCGCUGCCCCGAUUGACUUGAAUGUUCGAAUCGAGACCUACUUCAUACCGAGUACGGUUUAGAA